GCCAACAAUGUCAUCAACUCCACCCACAUCUUACAUUUCACCUUACCUCCGGAGCCCGGAAAAUACCCAACUGUGAUCCACCUAAUCGGUGGAAUCAUGAAAUCCUUUAAAGCAUCCGAUGAAGACGAAGAUGUCUUAUAUGCUCACGGCUACAUCCCCGAAGCAGUCACGCAGCGUAUUCCAGCCCCUCCAGAUGGCAUUCGCGUGUGUAUUGCAGCCAGCAAGGUGUACAGUUAUUACUGUGGGUAUACACCGUUUAGUCACGGGAUUACGUUCCAGUCUGCUGUGAUUCAUGGAGUCGCCCGGGUGAUCGAGUAUACCGGGACCACUUCGCAGUGUAAGGCGAUGGUUGGGGAGGACGAACACCUGGAGGAAGAGAAGUUGUGGGCACUGCACAAUAUCGUCGGUGGGAUGUUUGGUGGCGACGAGAGGUGGAAGGAUACUCGGCUUCCGUUUAAGAAUGAAGAAGUGAAGCGGGUGUUUGUGCUUCGAGUCGAUAUUGAUAGGAACGCGUCCGAGGUGCAUUCGCGUCAGGGGAUCUUCGGCCUCGAAGCGGGCUGGGAGUAUUCCGAUUCAGGAGAUAACUAUUGGGAGGGUGCGAUUCCAAUUUGGGAGACCUAUGGGGAUCUGAUCAAAGGAAACACUGGAAUAGACCAGAGUCCGCAGUAUCUGGUGGAUCUUUUCGAUAAGAGAAAGGGUGAUAAUAAGGCUGUUGCUGAGGAGGAAGCGAAGAAACCGUAUCAACCGUGA